UCUGGAAGCAUAACACAUCAGUCUUUAGAACUGUUACAUUCUACCUCUCCGCAAACCCUCCAAAACCAACAAUCAUGAAGUGCAUCGCAGCUGUAGUCAUGAUGGCCCUGGCCCUCGCCGCCGCCGAAGCAUCCUGGGCUCCGUUGGCCUAUUCCGCCUAUUCCGCCUAUUCACCGCUAGCCUACAGCGUUCCACAUGGCACCAUUGUUCAGCAGAAUCUGGGAGCCCCACUGGCGUACUCUGCCUAUGGGGGUGCAUAUGCUCCAGCCGUGACCUAUGCUGCCCACGCUUCCGUUGUCCCAACUGCCUACGCAUACCAACCGGCCGUGGCCGUCUAUGCCCAAAAGGAGGCUCGCUACCUGGCUGCCAACCGAGGUGCCGUCCAUGAUGCUCCACUUCCGGGACAUACCGUUUCCCAGCAGUCACUGAAUCUGGAACCCGCUGUGGGAACUCUGUAAAUUCUGAGCUGCGCAGAAGUUACCUGAAUUUGAUAUCGUUUGAGGAUUUUUACAUUUUUGUGCUACCUGAUGAGAGUAUGUUAAUAAAGUGAAGAUUUGAUGUG